AUGUUGACUGUAUUUCGUACUCUGUUUGGUGUGCUUCUCUUAUUCAAUCUGAUCUCUGCCUCUUUUAUGGUAGAAAGCAGACCUAUUGUGGACAAACGUGGUGUAGGUCAUGUAGUGGAUAUUGUAGCAAAUUUGUUUCGAGGUACUGGCACGUUUUUCCAUCCGGUAACUGAAGGCGGUGCUAUUGGAUCGUGUGGGCCUAUUGAAAAUGAUCAUAGCCGAAUCUGUGCCAUGAACAUAAAGCAGUAUGGCCAAGCAUCAAAAAAGAGCCCAUGGUGCUUUUUACAGCUGCGUGUGAAGCAUGGUGGUAAAAGUACGGUGUGCACAGUAACUGACUGUUGCCCUGGUUGCGCAGAAGGCUCACUGGAUAUGACACCUCAAGUCUUCAAUGAUCUGGCCCAUCCCAGUGUUGGCGUUAUUCCAAUUGAAUGGUGCAUCCGUGGUUAUCGUGGCUGUACCUGA